CGAAAACGUCGCAAACACAAAGCGCAGAGAAAGAGGGAGAACAGAGAAACGGCGUAAAACAGAGGAGCAUCAGUUGGGCAGCAAAGCAAAGAGCAGAAAAUCGCUUGGGAAGAUUGAAGAAGGCGAUUGCUAACAGUAUGAACAACGGAUUCAGCACCGGCGAGGAGGACAGUCGCGGGCACACGGACCAGACCUGCUGCCUGAUCGACGACAUGGAGCGGUGUCGCAACCAAGCCGGCUACGCCAGCUACAGCAAGCGCAUCCAGAAGACGGUGGCCCAGAAGCGGCUCAAGCUCAGCAGCGAUCCGGCGGCGCAGCAUAUCUACAUCUGCGACCACCACAAGGAGCGCAUCCAGUCGGUGCGGACCAAGCGCCGUCGCAAGGACAGCGAGGACGACAGCAACGAGACGGACACGGACCUGCACGAGUUCCCCGAUCUCUACCAGCUGGGCGUGAGCACGCUACGUCGCUACAAGCGCCACUUCAAGGUCCAGACGCGGCAGGGCAUGAAGCGGGCACAGCUGGCGGAUACCAUUAUGAAGCACUUCAAGACAAUACCCAUCAAGGAAAAGGAGAUAAUCACGUUCUUCGUCUACAUGGUGAAGAUGGGCUCGAAUAAGCUGGACCAAAAGAACGGCCUUGGCAACGACACCACCUGAAGGCGCGUCGGCGGGCGGAGGGAGGAGGAGGACGUCGACGACGUCUACUCCUUCUAACGCUGGCCAACCGCCAAUUAAUACUUCUCACAUUGUUGCUGCAUUUGCUGGACGUCGGCAUUGUUCACCCGUGCAAGGAAAAACCGAAAAUACUGAUAGCGAAAUUUCCUUCUCAUCUGUAAUCCCGAACCUACACCACCACUGCCCAAAAUCCUUUCCUCGAACUCCCCAGAAUAACAAUAUGUAAAAGAAAACUGCAAUGAAAAAAAAAAAACGUAAGGAAAAUGGCAACUGGUGCUCCCAAAAAAAUAGUUUAGCGCGAUAAAAAGUAAUCUUAAUCUUAAGCAAAAAAUUUACAAAACUUAUUGUAGCCUUGGUCCGUUGUUAAUAGCUCUUUAUACACACAUUACAUUAAAUAAACUAUGUAAAUUUACAAGAGA